AAGAGGAGAGCGCGAGCGAGGCUCGAGGAGUGGUUUCGGAUCGUAUCGCAAUGACGCCAAGCGCGAUAACUACGACGGAGGAGGAGACGAAGGAGGUGCCUUCCGCCGCUGCGCCAUCGACGGAGUCGGCGGCGGUGGAGAUGGAACCCCUGAUCCCCGGGCUACCGGACGAGGUGGCAGAGCAGUGCCUCCUCCACCUCCCCUUUCCCUACCAGGCCCUCGCCCGAUCGGUGUCCUCCGCCUGGAAUCGGGCUCUCUCAAGCUCGGCCUUCCUCCGUGCGAAGUCGGAGCUAUACGCUACCCUUUCCCUCCCCUACCUCUUCGUCUUCGCCUUCCACCCGACCACCCUCCGGCUCCAGUGGCAGGCCCUGGACCCCCGAACCCGCCGCUGGUUCGUCCUUCCCCCGAUGCCCCUCCCUGCUGGCGGCGGCGCUCCGCUCUGCCCGCCGGCUUUCGCCUGCACCGCCCUUCCCCACCGCGGCGAGAUCUACGUACUCGGCGGGAUGCGGUCGGACACCGAGACCCCUCUCCGAACCCUGGUAGCCUACCGCGCCGCCACGAAUUCGUGGUCCACCGCGGCGCCGAUGACGACCCCGCGGUCCUUCUUCGCGGCGGGGGCGAUCGGGGGCCGGAUCUUCGCGGCCGGGGGCGGCGACGGAGGGAUCUCGGCGGUGGAAUGCUACGACCCGGCGGCAGAUCGGUGGUCGCCGGCGGCGGGGAUGCGGUGUGGGAUGGCGCGGUACGACGCGGCGGUGGUGGGGCGGCGGAUGUACGUGACGGAGGGGUGGCGGUGGCCCUUCUACGCGUCGCCGCGGGCGGGGGUCUACGACGCGGAUCGGGACGCGUGGGAGGACAUGAGCGAGGGGAUGCGGGAGGGGUGGACGGGGGCGAGCGCCGUCGUUGGGGACCGUCUCCUCGUGGUCACCGACUACGGAGACGGGCGGGUGAAGGCGUACGACGCCGGCAGCGACGCGUGGCAGAAGGUGGAGGGGGGCGGGGUGCCACUGGAGCUGAAGCGGCCGUACGCCGUGAGCGGGGCGGAGGGGGCGAUCUAUGUGGCCGGGACCGGGCUGGAGGUCGCGGUGGGGACGGUGGUGGUGGAGGAGGAGGGGGGAAAGGGGAGGCUGAGGGUGGCGUGGAGGGUGGUGAAGGGGCCGCCGGCGUUCGCAGAUCUUGUGCCUUGUUACUCCCAAGUUCUCUACGUUUAGAGCUCUAAAAGAGUUUUUGGGGUUUAGGAAGGGUUUCAAGGUUCCAUAGGAGUGGAGUGUGCAAAAGGAGAAGUUUGUGUACCCUUUCUUCUCCAUUUCCACUCUUUAUUUAAUAAAUAAUAUAUGCUUGUGUGGCUGUUAA